AUGAUGCGCGACACACUCGUGAUCCAACCCAUCACGGCCCGCGACCUUCCUCCGCCAAUGGGCCAGAGUCUUCGCGAAAACGAGCAGCGCGAGAACAAAGUGCGGGGCCACCAGAACCCGAGAGGAAGAGGCAGAAGGGAGGCGACAAAUGUCAAGGCGACGGCUAGCCAGCGCCUGAAGGACAAGGCUGCUGCGAUGGCGUCACCCGCACCGAAACGAUCAAGGAGUCGGACGCCAGCAGAGUUUGAUGACAGCGAGGAGUCCGGCCUGUCCUCGAGACCGCAACCGAUGAAUCUGUUCCGGAGCGCGAGGCCAGCGCAGCCUGUGCCCAACCUCAACUUCCGGAAGAUCGCAAAGCCAAGGGCAUCCAUGGCGCCACCACCGUCUCCGGGUCCAUCAACAUUCACAAGCUCGCACCGUGCGCCACGACGAUCUAUGCGGCCAGACCAGGUCCUCAACGAUCAUGUCGUGCCUCUUCCGCCUACCGACACGCCCGUCAUCAUGCGCAAUCGCCAUCUGCGAGAUACGGUUUCGCGGCGGUCGUCAAUGGGCUUCCGUGGCGGCCGAAGUAGCUCGAGUUUCGACAAGGGCGAACCAAGCUACCCCCACUCGACGAUCUCACACACCCAGUUCUACAGGCAUUUGCCUCCAGAACGACCCGAGCCGCAAAAAACGGCGUGGUUAAUCUCAUGGUGUGGGAAGAGAGCGUUGGAAGAACGAAUAGACGCCACCCAUCGGAAAGGCCGAGAACGAGCAGCGAAACCGGACAUGUUCGAGAUCGACAAACUGCUGGGUGACAUCAUGGACGGCUUCUCCUUCCAACUAGCGCAAGGGCGAGUGGACACAAACGUGUUUGCGCCACCUGGCGAGUCGGGGUCCUCAAUGCCGAUCAAGCCACAUCCCCGGAACGUCCAGAACCGGAAGGCACAGGAGAGGGAGAACACCAUGAUCAAGAAGAUGAAGGACGAGGAGCUGGCAUGGAGUCAUGUGACAUCGCGCUCGAACAAGAUGCAAAGCGACGGCAUGGCUGUGUUGAAGGCUCAGUAUCGGCCCGGCGUCGAGCCAGAAGUGGAUGAGGCUGAUCAGGCAUCCGUAUGGUUUCGAUCCGCUCUCUCGGUUGCGGACGAGGUGCUGGCGUCGGGGGAGGACGACAUCGGCUCGUCUGCCGACUUUCGGGAGGUCGAGUUCGAGAUCGACACACUGCACCAGGCCUCGCAUCGCGCCAACCGGUACGCUCAACAAUCGAAGCAGUUCCUCGACGGUAUCUUCUCGUCUCUGGCCGCCGACCUGCGUGCACGCGAGUGCACGAGCACACUACCGCCCACCGACUCGGACACGCCGGAUACGGUCACCGUGCUCGCGACGGCAACAGGCGCAGGAAGUGCACGCGCAGAUCCUAUGAGCGUGCUGCGUGCAUUGGCAAGUUCGGACGCCAAGAACCCGUCCGCCGAGGCAGUGUCACGGGUCCAAACGAUGGGUGCGCCGCGUCAGGCCCCUGCAGCGACACCCCGACGGUCGGUUCCACGGCGAUCAAUUUACGGACGAGCCACGCCAGCUGCCCGAUAG